CCGAGAUGCCGGCUACUCGACAGCCAAGCGUAGUUAAGGAUGCUGCAACAGCAGCCCUUCUAGUACCGUAAUGCCGUCUUUCAUCCACAAGUUGUAUCUAAUUUCCUAUUGGUCAACAGGUUGCUCGUUCAUCAUGGCAUCGAAUGAUGACAGCCUGGAUUUAUGUGCCAAUUAGUAUUCUUAUUAUUCUUCUCGCAUGCUUUGGAGUAGAGUCUCUUAUUGGAUUAAGUUCUGUCUCGUUUCCUGCGUCAGUCGCUUGUAUGAUCAUACUUUUCUUUGCCUUGAUCAUCUGUGAGUCGCUGUUUGGGGAUAGAAAGACAAAACGAGUCGUGAAUCUGGUAGAAAUUCCAGGAGGUUUCGCUCUCCGUUACAUCAAUAUUCUUUUCUCUCCUUCAUUCAUACUGUUGCCUUCGAGUUCCCCAAUUGGAGGCAUUGAGAUAGCGAAAAUCAUAGGAGUGUUUGUCAUUGGCUACUUCGCCAUGGCAGCGUUCACAGCCUACCUAGUCCGAGGCCUCCAAUACAUUCUCGGAACUUCAAAACGAGCAAUGACAGAAAGAGCUGAAGAACUAGGUACACGUGGAGAAGACAUACCGCUCACACACAGCCGUCACCCCUCAGAGCCUGCCACAGAGCCUUCCUCAGCGCCUCUUCGAGCCCAAGACCCAAGCCAGAUCACAGGGACAGGAGGACCUCCCGAAGCAUCUCCAACGCUACUCCAGGAGUCUAACUCAGCACUUCGUCAAGACCCAAUCCCAUUGACACGCGCCCAAAAAUGGGCCGCCUUCAUCAAUGUAAAUCUAGAUACAUUGUCCUACAUUGCCAUUUUCGUCUUCAUCGGCGUUCCAAUCUAUUACAGUACCAGCUACGCGAUGCCAAUCCAACUCUCCUUCAAUAUCCUGGCCUACUUCGUCGCCUUGACUCUACCAGCAAAAUGGCGCCGCUUCCUCCAUCCAGUCCUAGUUUCAUCCCUCAUCACGGUCCUAGGUGUUUGGAUAUUCGCACUCAUUCGUGGGGAUAGUUUGAGAUAUGCGCUGUAUGCCUAUAAAACAGGCACGAAAUACACCCAAUUAUGGCAGGGCAAGCCCAGCCUCCCACGCCCCGGCGCUGGUGAUCUCUUCAGCACAGUUCUCGACGUCAGCAUCGUCGCACUCGCAUUACCAAUGUUCCAAUACCGGCACGAACUUCGCAGACACUUCCUCCCCAUCCUCCUCCCCAACACCCUCCUCGCCCUCGCAUCCCUCUUCAGCUACCCGACCCUCUGUCACGCCCUCAGCAUCGCCCCAACGCGCUCUCUCUCGUUCGCCUCACGUAGCCUCACCCUCGCCCUCGCGCAACCCGCAACGGCGAACUUGGGCGGAGACCUCAGCUUAGUCGCGGUGUUGUGUAUAGUAUCGGGCAUCCUAGGUGUCUUACUUGGACACGCAAUGCUGCGGAUUAUGCGGAUAACCGAUGAUGAUUACAUUACGAGAGGCGUGACUCUCGGCGCCAACUCUUCCGCCAUGGCCACCGCGCUACUUCUCGCGUCCGAUCCACGCGCGGCCGCGUUUUCGUGUCUGUCGAUGAGUUUGUUUGGGACGGUCACUGUGGCGCUUACUUCUGUGCCGGUAGUUGUUAGAGUUGUGGCGAGGUUGGCGGGGGUGGAGGGAUAAGUGGUGGGCGGUUGGGAGUUUGAGAUAGAAUGGAACUGCUUUCACGUAAACUGUAGUUACUCUUACUCCCAUUACU